AUGCGCACCGUCAGGAUGGCAUUUGCUGGGACAAAUGUCAGUUUGUCCCAGCCGGAUAUAAUGCAAAAACUGACGGAGCGCAUAGAUGAUCUGAAGCAGAGAAUCGCUGCUUGGGGAAAGCGGAUUCGGCGAUAUACCGAGAGGUCGACUCGGUUCAACCAGAAUCGUCUCUUCCAGAGUGAUCAGAAAAGGCUCUAUGAAUCAUUGGAGCUACCAAUGGCAAGUGGAACGGGCCCAGCACCGAAUCAGGCCGACACUGUAACAUUCUGGCGCGGCCUAUGGUCAGAGCCCGUAAACCACAGCGAGGGCCCUUGGACGGAAGGUGUAGCGAGUCAGUGUGCGAGUAUAACGUCCAUGGACCCCGUCAUUAUAACGCCAUAUGACGUAGCCGAGGCGGUCCGUAGGGCCCCGAACUGGAAAAGUCCGGGACUCAACGGAUAUCACUGCUGGCUGAAAGGGUUUGUGGUGUGUCACACUGUACUCGCCCGACAGUUUCAAGAGGCUCUCAACCAGAAAUCACUCCCGAGCCUCUUCACUACUGGGAUCACUCAUUUGGUUCCUAAAGACCAGUAUACCACAGACCCGAGCAAAUACCGCCCCAUCACGUGUCUACCGACCAUAUACAAGACGCUAACAUCCAUUUUGAGCGCGAGAAUCUGGACUCAAAUCAGGUGA